GCAGAAAUCACAUACGUUUCUGUCUGAUGUUCUCAUUAUUGUAGUAGGUAUCCAUCACAGUUGCGAAAACUACUAGUAUCGGUGCUUUGUCCUGAUUGGUCAAAUAUAACAGUGGGCGUGGUUAUUGUAUUUUGGAGUGUGAGGAGAAGUGCUUGGUGAUGGUAAUGAGGCAAGAGCUUGGUUUGUGAAGUGUUGGGGGGAGGAAGGGAAGAAUGGUAUUGCAGUAACGCAGUCAAGCUACAAGCUGAGGCGGAAUCAUGAAUCCUAACAGCCGUGUGCCUCCUCUCAGGAGUUCAUCACAAUAUCCUCGUCAUGUCAGUGCUAACCAUGUACCCAGGCCAAAUCCUCAGCCAAGAUGGCCUGUCAAUCACGUUCCAUAUGCCAAGGACUAUAGGCAGUGCUACCAAAAUGGGGAUUGUCCAGCCAUGCAGAUAGCUGGUGGUAAUGUGCCUCCAAAAGAAUCCGGUUAUCUCAGCUACCCAAAACCUGGAAGUCCACCUGUAAAUGGCCACGGAAUCUACACACCAGAGAUUGUGCCUGGUGAUGUUUCUCCACCAUUACGAAUAAAUAUAUGUGCACAGCGAUGCUGUUGGUCUCCACCCUUAGAGCCGCUGAGUCAUUCUCAGAGGGAAAUGGAAAAUACUUUGUGUGGUCCACCCAUCUUGAGUGUCAGUCCUAGCGGUUUGCCAGCAAGCACUGUGGAUGUUCAUCAACAUACAGGAGUAGGUCUGGAAUUUUCACCGAGGCGGACAGUCACUGCUGGAGAAAUUCGCCUGAGUCCUUUACAAAUUCAGCAUUCGCCUCCGUAUUUUAGAACCAACAGUCAAGAUGAUGGAAGGAAGAGUGAAAGCCCUUCGCGAAAACGAAGGAGAGUAUCUCGUGGAGGCAUUCAGAUGGCAGUACCUGUUCCCACAACAGCGCCACAUACAAGGACACCUUGGGAACAGCGCCGUUCUCCCAGGCACCAGUCAACUGCUCGGAGUGUAAGUAACAGUUUGAGACGCACCAUGCGUUGCACGCCCGUGUGGGGUCCACUUCCCCACCAGGAGUCGCCCUACACACCGUUCCACCCACACCCGGCGCACACAGCUCAGAGUCCUGCCACAGUGCCGAUACCGCUUCCGCUGUCACUGUACCCUGGCGGCAGCCCCCCUCCGCAGCACGGCUGCCACCAGCACGGGCUGUACGGCUGCUGCAGCUGCCCUCCAGCAUUCCCUCCACCGCCCUCAGGGCCUCCGCCGAUGCCUCCACCACAAGUGCAGGUUCCGCAGUUUGGGAGUUGCCUACCAUCCCAUCAUCAGUCAUAUGCAGCAUUUCUUCAGGCGCAAGCUCAACCAACGCCUGGGUUCACAGCUCCUCCCAGUCCGUGCCUUUCAGUUUCUCCAGUCCAUUUCCCUCAACAACCUCAGCAUGCUGAUGCAGUGGAACUCCUGGCGGACCAGCGAUCUACAUUCCACCAGCUGCAUGGCGCCCAUCUGCACACGACUACUCCAUCUCCACCACCGAUUUUUGUAACAGAGCAAAGAACAGCUCAAGUAGAUCACCUAUCAACACGAAGUCGUAGACCUAGCACACCCAGCAGACGUGUUGGACCACGCCGGUGGAGACCUACUCCUACUCUUCCUGCUUCCACAUCGUAUCCAGGGCUUCUGUUACACUUCCUUGCUAUGUUCUCAAAUGCUCCAUUGUCACCAUACAGUCAAGCUGAUUUGGGUAGCCCUGAUUCAACAGAGACUGAAAACUAUGAAGCUCUGCUCCAUUUGGCAGAGAGAUUGGGUGAAGCCAAGCCUCGUGGACUGGCAAAAAUUGAGAUAGAGCAGCUACCCUCGUAUAAGUUCAACGCAGACACACACCAUGGUGACCAGACGUCAUGUGUUGUAUGUAUGUGUGAUUUUGAAGCCAGGCAGAUGCUUAGAGUUCUUCCUUGUUCACAUGAGUUCCACGCAAAGUGUGUUGACAAGUGGCUGAAGUCCAACAGAACGUGUCCCAUCUGCCGUGGAGAUGCAUCUCAUUAUUUCAGCCACCAGGAUUAGAGAGCAAGUAAUACAGCAGAACUUGGAAGUGCUAUUUUCUUAUGUUAAGAGAAUAUAUUUCUUGUUAUAUAAAGAAAAUUGAAAAGAUUUAAUCUUUAUGUUGUUAGAUGUGUUCCUUUGAUGUUAUUUAUUCUUGUUUCGUUCAUUCUGUCUAGAGUAGUUUACAUGAUUAUUUUCUUAGAAGUAAAAUCAUAUGAACAGAAGUUGUACUUGGUAGUGUUUUGUAAGUUAUUUUUAGAUUUUUCAUGCCUCUUACAAGCUCUGUGGUUUCCCAAUUAAUAUUAUUACACAGACAAAUAAUAUAUUAAUAAGCUGCAUGCAUGUGCCCUGUUGAGAAGGAUAAGAAACACAUUCAGGGUAUCAACAUAUUAGCAUGUGUCAUUAACUCCCCCCACCUAACACUCCCGUCAACCCACCAUGACAAGUUCUUUGUCAAACUUCUGCUAGUUACUGGUAUGCAUUAAAAAAAAAUCUAAGAUUAUCUCAUUAAUGGUAUAUUUUUAUGGUUUAGUUUUGAAGGUUAAAUUUGCCUUAAAAAAAGAAGUGUCUGUGAAGUAUGUAAUAUGUCUUACAUUCUUCAGUAGAAAUUAUAAAAUUAGUUUAAGCAUAAGCACAAUGAUUUACAAAGUUGGGUGAAGUGUUGUAAAGUUAAUGAAUGAAACAUCCCAUUUUACAGGAUGCAGUAUUGAUGUUUGCCUGGUGAAUACCAUCAUAGAAAACUUGCUGUUUUUAUACCCCCAACAGUGUUUUUCAGAACAUCGUUACUUCAUUAGAUAUAUACCAUAAAUCUUCAUCAGAUGUAACUUUGCCUCAUCACCCUAGCUUUUUUAUUACGACAGGAAACUUUAUAUUACUUUGUUGAAGAUUUAUGGUAGGCUCAGAUGUGUGGGAAGCAGGAAAAAAGUUUGACAUGUGAAAUAACUACUUUUAAUUUUCUUUUCCUUUAUGUUGUUCUUCCUAUGUUUUCUUUUGUAGUAUUGACUACAAAUUUUAUUAACAUCAACUGAAUUUUCUGUUGGUGUUUAGCAAAACGUAACAUUAAAUAGGAAAAAGUUACUAAUGUUCUGGAAAAGUGUAUUUAUUUGGUGACGAACUAGCUUUAGACUUAUUAGGUAAAGGUAAAACGACAAGCCAAAAGCCACUUUGCAACAAAAUAAAUAUAACUGUGCAGAACAUUAUGAAGUGUUUAUUAUUUACUAUUACAAAUGUUCUUUAUUUUGGAGACAUUGAAAUGACUUGAGCAAUUUGGGAAAAAAGCGUGGUUUCCCAUGAAUAUUACAGAAGGGAAGUGUUUCAAAGUAGCACACUAGCUGUUAAAGAAUGGCAUAAAUUUUUAUGUGGUUAAUAUAAAUUUUUGUAUGUGUGAGAUUUGGGGGAGUGGGCAUAAUAUAGUAGUAAUGCAUGUGAAUUUAAUAUUGUCACAGGAUGAUACAGAAACCGUCAACACCUUGAGAAUGUUUAUUGAAGUAAUUUUUAUUGUAAGAAGAAAUGUUAGCCAAUUUCAAGAUGACGUUCAUUCAGACUGUAAAUAUAGUUCUGGAAGUUCUGUAGGUGAAGUGAGAGUUUUAACACACACAAUCUCGUUAGCCUGGAAUUCCAGGUAAAGAUUCUAAAGCUUAAAUAAGAAAUAGGAUCUAGUUAUUUAUUCAUGUACUGUUGAGGAUACAAGAUGAUAGAUACAGUUGCCUAUUCCUUGUGGGAAAAUCUAUUUGAAUAUUUUGUAUCAAUACAUACUCGGU